GAUGAUGGCAUUCCAAAAACAGCGCUCAUUUCCCAACUUUCACCGAAUCAAGCUACCAAACAUCAUCACUCGUCUCCCUCUCCUUCUCCUCCCCAUCCCAUUCGGAUCAAAAGCCGCAUUUUUCAUGCGUUUCCUUUGCUCAAUUCUCGGAAAGUUCAGAUUUUGCGGCCUCACUGAUUUUAUCACCUGCUUUCUGGCGGUUUAGGUCUCAAAAAGGCGGUUUGCAGUGAUUCCAGUUGUAAAGUUUGGAUUUUUAUGUGUUUUUGGAUCAAGGAAUUAUUUGGGAUAAUUUGGUGAAUUGAAAAGAGAAAUUGAAGAGAUGGAAGUGGAGAAGAAGGAGGAGAAGGGAGGUCCUAAAGCUCAUCAGAUCAGGAACAAGAUGACUCUCUAUGAGCAGCUAAGUGUCUCCUCUCAGAAGCUCAAUCCAAGGCCUGGUUCUUCUCUCUCUUUUCCACCUCAUUGUGGCAAUGCCUGCACCAUGGGACCUUCUCCAUCUUCCAACCAGUAUUGCAGACAUGAGAGGAGUGUUCUUUAUCCGUUUCAAAUGUCUGUUCCGAAGAUUGAAAGUGGCAAGUAUUCAACAAGGGAAAGAAAAACUACUCUUGUUUGUUCUGAGCAUGAGUCCAUGGAAGAAAGCAAGGUUCUUGAUACAAAGUCGGUAAGUAUCAAAACAAGUCAGAAUGAACAAAGGCGAAAAAAAGCUUUAUCAAUCAAGGAACAGAAGAAGUCUGCACCCAUUCUGCAUGCCGGCGAAAAUCUUGCAGAACCAGACCUGCCUAAAAGCAUAGAUCUUAAUGAGGAUUUGCAUAUGGAAAGUGAAGAACAGGAUAAAAAACCUCAUGAUAUUGAUGCUUCUGUCCAAAACAAAUGCUUGAAUGACAAUGGCUGUAGGAAUGCUUCCAGUGCUAAAAAUGAAUCCUGUUCGAAAACAUUACUCGACAACAGUUGCCGAAGAGAAAACACAGGCAAUGAUCAUAAUCAAGAAAAGGACAAUAAGGCGAGUGGAGAAAGAAAUGAAGCUUGUGAUGUCCCCAUGGUGGAUUCAUCGUCAAGGCGGGAGGUACAUCCUGAUGAUAUCGUUGAAUCUAUUGGCCCAAAACAGUUUUGGAAAGCAAGAAGUGCUAUUCUCAAUCAGCAGAGGGUUUUUGCGAUACAAGUGUUUGAGCUGCACAGAUUAAUAAAGGUCCAAAAGUUGAUUGCUGCAUCGCCGAAUAUGCUUCUUGAAGGCAAUCGAUGUUUAAGCAAGCCUUCAAAGAAGGUGCCCUUGAAGUCUCUUGAAGGCAAUCAAUGUUUAACCAAAUCUUCACAGCAGGCGCCAUCAGAAAUUACUAAGCAACAAGAGUCCUUGUCGAAAACUCAAGCGGUAACUACCAGACAGGAAGAUGAUCUGCAGAAGCCAAACCAAAACAUAGAAGCUCCGCCGAGCUAUUCUUCUCGUCAGGAUGGUCUCCACAGAGAAGGUCUCCACAGAGAAGUUAGCGUACAGCAUCCAGAAUCUAGCCCUUCUGUGGCUUGUGCUCAGAGACUGAGUUCAUGGUGCUUCCCGCCGCCUGGUAAUCAGUGGUUGGUUCCUGUAAUUUCGCCUUUGGAAGGGCUUGUUUACAAGCCAUGUGCCGGUCCUUAUCUUCCGAACAACGGUUUUAUGCCCCCUGUUUAUCAAGGUUGUGCCCCACUGAAUACAGCUUACGGCAUUAUAGCAACUUAUCAGCGACCAAACAUAAGUGUUCCUCCGAGUGUUCUCCCAUUCAGUGCUAAUUACUACCCGGCUUCUUAUCCUAUGCCAGUCAUGAAUCAAGCCGCCGUUGCCUCAGCUACUGAACAAGUUAGCCCGAUGGAUGGUUCACGACCCACCGGGCAGACUGAACAGAGCUCAUGUAAAAAGUCAAACCCAAAAGUUGUGGCAUUUUCAGGCCGCCUUCGCAAGUUUCAGGCAUCAAAGGAUGGAAGGGCAGCAAGCAGUCCUUGUGAGAAGGGUCAACCAGUGGUUCUAGCUGCAGAGGGCUCUGUUCAACCGUCUCAAGGCAGCAAGAACCAAACCCAAACCCGAACCCGAGUGAUCAAAGCUGUUCCUCAGAAUGCUAAGUCUGAACCAGAGUUAGCAACAAAGAUUUUCCAGUCUAUACAAGAAGAGAGACAACCACAUGAUACAUAGGUCAUGCAUAAAAUCCAUCUUACUGACCUUUGAAAUGUUUUACCUAGCUCAAAGUUUUUUUAUUGUGGAAACCAUGCCCUUUCUGGUUGUUUUCUCCUUGUAUAUAUAUAUAUAUAUAUAUAUGGUCUUGCAUCAAGAUCUUCUGGAAUCCAUGAACUCCACU